AUGCUUUCCAUGACAGUUCUGUAUGCCUGGCUAAUGAGUCUGACUUGUGUAGGAUCCAUUACAGCAAAUAUGCUGUUGUUGUUGAUACUUGGAUUCAACCGAAAGCUGCAGAAAGACACAUCAGUACUUAUGUUUAACCUCUGUAUCUGCGAUUUAAUCUUGGGACUUGUUGUGAUUCCUGCUGGAGUUCACAAUACUCUGCCUGAUGGAGGUUGUUAUAGCAGACAGGAAUCAUGGUGCCAACUCUUUGCUUUUCUCUACAUACUGCUACAACUUGCCUCUGUUCAUUCAAUGACCUGGGUGACGGUUGACAAAUUUGCAGAAAUCUGUUUGCCUCUCCAUUACGUACAACUGUUUACGAGACAACGAGCUUGGGUAAUCAUUUUCUCUAUCUGGAUCUACUGCAUUCUCAAUGCAAGUUUGCCCUUUUUAGGAUUAGGACAAUAUACAUAUGUAGAACACAAGUAUAUCUGUGCACCAAGUUUUAAUCCUUCUUUAAAAGCAUAUUGUUUGGUUACUAUCGCCAUUGGUGUACUUCUUCCACUAAUGACAGUCUGCUGUUUGGCUGUUUAUGUCGUACAAAUUGCAAGACAUCAAACAUUACGAGGAACUUAUGAAUGCAAUGAUCAACACUGUUACUCUGUGCCAGCAAAAUGCUACCUGAGGAGCACAAUCAUGCUGAUUUCAAUGGCAUUUCUCCUUUUAAUAUGCUGGAUGCCACAUAUAACCAUUAGUAUCUACGAAACAUUUGAAGGCAAAGCUCCUCCAUUUGCAGAAAUGCUCUCCACAUGGCUUGCAUUUCUCACAUCUGCUCUGAAUCCAUUGACCAACUCUGUGACACAGAA